GAUAUAAUCAUGUCUCGAGACCCAGAGGAAGUAAAUAAAUUAACCGAAAGCACUUACAAGAAUGUUAUGGAACAGUUUAAUCCAGGGCUACGGAACCUCAUCAACCUGGGGAAGAGUUAUGAGAAAGCAGUGGCAGCGAUGACCCUGGCAGGGAAAUUGUAUUUUGAUGCGGUGUCUAAGAUUGGAGAGAAUGCGGCUGUUUCUCCUGUGUCCAGGGAGCUUGGUGUUGUGCUGAUAGAGAUUUCAGAAAUGCACAGGAAGGUUCACCUAGAGCUGGAAGAAAAUUUUAAAAGGUUCCAUAGAGAAAUUAUUGCAGAGCUGGAACGGAAAACAGAGAUGGACGUGAAAUACAUGACGGCCACGUUUAAGAGGUAUCAGACAGAACACAAAAUUAAACAAGACUCCUUGGAGAAGUCCCAGUCUGAACUGAAGAAGCUGAGACGGAAAAGCCAGGGCAAGAAUGCCUAUAAAUAUGAGAGUAAAGAAAAUGAGUAUCUAGAGACACUCACUCACCGUCAGAUGGAGAUGCAGAGGUUCAUCGCUGAUGGUUGUAAGGAAGCCCUGUUGGAAGAAAAGAGGAGGUUUUGCUUCCUGGUGGACAAACACUGCGCCUUCUCCUACCGGAUGGCCACCUUUCAUGAAAAGGCCAAAGACAUUUUGUGUGAGAAGCUGCCCAGCUGGCAGGACAAAUGCAGUGAUGCCACCAAUGUUCCGGACAGUGUGAUGUCGAUGAUUGAGGGCCUGCGUACACCUGUGUCCGUCACACCCCAGGACUCUCCAGCCUCGUCACGUCACAGCAGGAACAACUCUGAUGUAAUGAUACCACCGCCAGCACCCCCCCUGCAGGCUAAACCAAGCCCAUUGGCCAAUAUGUUUACCCCAGAGACACCCAAACAACAGCGUGUGCCAGAUUACAGUAAUGAGGAAAACAGCCUGGCCAGGUCUGUGUCUAUGGCCUCUGGACUCAACCACAUCAUGAAGAGACCACGUGUCCGCACCAUUUUCCCACACAAAUCAGGAAACAACGACACACUGCUGAGCUUUGAUGAGGGUGACAUCAUCACACUGCUCAUCCCAGACGAGAGAGACGGUUGGCUGUAUGGAGAACUGGAGAAGACCAGGCAGAGAGGAUGGUUUCCAUCAUCAUACUGUCGUGCAUAUGUAGAGCCUGCUGGAAGUAACAGUGUGGUUGCCAAUCCGCCCGUGCGCAGUAAGAGCGUAGCCAAUCUCAUACAGCAGGACACAGAGGAUGAGUUGAUGUUGUUGCCUCCUCCUGACUACAGUGACUCCCCGGUCAGAAGAAGCUCCAACAGCUCCUGGUCCAAAACACAGUCCCACAAUCCCUCACCUGAGAGCACGGCGAUCACUGGCUUUCAUUACCCUGGGACGGUCAGUCUCCUCCAUUAUAAAGUGACACAAGUAAACGGGUCAGCAAAGCUUCCAUUCCUUGAAGGAGGGAAUCCUUUUGCAACUGUGAAGCUGCGUCCCACUGUGACCAACGACAGAUCUGCCCCAAUCAUCUGAUCACCACAGCAACAACAUUCAACGUAACCACUCCGCUCCCAUCCAAAAACCUUAUGAUCAAACAACAUCUCCACUCUACCCGACGUUGACAACACAGACUGUCGCCCCUAGACACAAAGCACUGACGCUGUGUCCAUACAAACACACGAAUGAUGAGCCCUUUGUGACUGCCACACUA